GCAUAACACCAAGAACGUGUUCAAGUACGAUGACUACAGACAAUACCGAAGAACCCUGAAGGUCUGCCACACAAAGAACUGAACAUCGCCGAAGAGCAAGAAUUACCCGUCCUGGACGAAAGCUUGUGGAACCCUUCGAAUCAUAUACACUAUGCCAUUGAGUCCUUGGCGCCUCCACGUUGUCGUAUCUUUGCUUGCAGUUGGCGGCUUCAGGGUGGCGUGGGCACGGAGCUCCCUGUACGAGAAAGUGCCCGGCACGUGCCGAAUGGAAAGCCAGUUUUACUUGGAACCGCGCUUUUUCGGGUUGAUCACGUGCGCGCGCUGCUACAAGUACAUGGCCAGCCUGGCUUUCAAGAACGCGUCCAGACUUACGUACUGUCGCGGGGCCCGGCUGUGCCGUGGUGGCUGUGACGGUGAGUGCUACACGCCGUACGGCAACAAGAGCGACGUAGAAAUCGUGGACACCUUCGCGAAGAAGCUGUACGCCGACCGAUGGGAGAGCUGCUGCCGAGCUGCUAAACAGUGCUGUCAGGAGAUGCUCGAAGACGAGCUGGCCGAGCCGAGAGACACGAAAGCUGGACCGCGAUGUCCUGCCACAUGGGACGGAUGGACUUGCUUUAAGGACACACCCGCCGGAACGACCGUUCGGAAGCCAUGUCCUACGCACGCGUACUUCAUCACCGAGACACCACAGUGCAUCAAGACAUCGAAAAAAAUUUGCUGGGACAAUGGCACGUGGUACUACAGCCAAGAGUAUGGCAAGGAGUACACCUUCUAUGACUGCGGUUCACUAGAGUAUCAUCGUUCCAUGACCAUCUUCUCCAUCGUGCUUCACUCCCUGUCUGUCGUCGUCCUCGUCCCGGCCAUCGUCAUCUUUUCCGUCUACAAGCAACUCCAGGUUCACCGCAUCUCCUUGCACAAGAACUUCUGCGUCGCCAUGGUGCUGUACGACAUCAGCGUCAUCCUCGUAGACUCGGUCUUCAUCCUGGACCACGUAAACGAGGAGAAGAACAUUCGCGUCAACCAGAAUCCGAACCUGUGCAAGGUGCUGUACACACUCUCACGCUAUUUCCGGCUGUGCCAGUACGCAUGGAUGUUCUGCGAAGGCUUCUACCUGCACAAGCUGAUCGCAUCUGCAUUUGCCGAGCAGAAGUCACUGCUAAUUUUCUACGUCGUGGGAUGGGGUUGCCCUGCCGUCUUCGUGAGCAUCAGCGCCAUCUUGCGAGCCGUACGGACGGGUCACCCUUGCUGGAUGGACAACGUCGAAGGAUAUAACUGGAUCACGCUGGCGCCGGGCCUCUUCUGUCUGUUCGCCAACUUUAUUUUUCUGUGCAACAUCAUCCGCGUACUUGUCACCAAGUUGAGGAGCACCCAUGCCAACGAGCCAAGCCAAUUUCGGAAAGCCGUACGAGCUGUGCUGGUGCUGUUCCCAUUGUUCGGCAUGCAUUUCCUCAUGACUGUGUACCGCAGCCCAUCCAACUGCGGUGCUUGGGAGGUUUAUCAGUACAUCAGCAAAGCGUCAGAUGGCCUGCAGGCAAGACAAAUAUUCCAAUACCUUCAAACCCGGUGCUCGCCUAUGCUACUUUUAUUUUGUGAGAUCCGCUCCCCCGAUCAAGCAGUAAAUUAA